AUGGGACUGUUUGGAACUCUGUUGUACCUGUCACUUGCCGUCCACGUCGGUACCCUCUUCUUCCCCGACUUCCUUCCCGCAAUAGUCACCGGCGUACUCUCAUUCCUCGGCUUCACCAAAGCAGGCAUUGUUGCAGACUCUCUAUAUCCAGACGUCACGAUCCGCUCCCUCUUUUCCCGCUUCCCCACCGACGCGCUCCUUGCCAAGGCCCACGCCGUGCGCGACGCCCUCGCCGCCGCCCUCGCCCGUGUCCCCUGGGCCGACUUCAAGGUCGCGCUCCUCGCGAUCGGCAUCACGCUCCUCGUGGUCGGGGGCCUGGCCGCCAUCAUCUUCCUCGUGGGCUUCACGCCCGCCGGGGUCGUCGGAGGGAGCCUCGCCGCCGCCUGCAUCCAGUCCGUCGUCUACGGCGCCUUCACCAUGGGGUACUUCUCGCUCUUCCAGUCCGUGGGGACGAUGCUACACCCGGCCGUGAUGGUGCCGGCCAUCAUCGCGGGCGCCGUAUGGGUGUCGGUGGCGAGGGGUUUGGAUGUGGGGGAGGAAUACGGUCGAGGUCGUGACACACAAACCGGCACAACGCCGUCCGUGGGUCUUCCCUCACCCGCCACUCUCUCUACCACUCCACACCCCAACCCGAUGGCCGCACGGUUCUUCACCAGAGUUGUCGGCGGGGCCCUCGCGUUUGCCGGGCUCGUAACCAGUGCGAUAACAGCACUGGGCUUCACGAGCGGCGGUGUCCUCGCAGGCAGCGCGGCCGCGGGGAUCCAGUCCGCCUUCUACGCUGGCUCCACGGGCGGCGCCUUUUCCAUCUUGCAGUCCAUAGGAGCCACAAUCCCCCCCUUGUUGCCGAUCGUCCUCGUGCUCUCGGUCAAGGCGCCAGGAAACAAAUACCAGACCUUAUUCCUCGCACCUUCGUUCGACCUCGUCUCCCCGACCGUGUCGCGUUACCGAUCCGUUUGGUUCACGAGCGUGACACUCUGGCAGGGGCGUCGAGGCGGCCACUCGCUUGAGCGCGGGUCUGAUUCGGAUGCUGCAACACAGGUUCAGAACAGCAUGAGACCAAGAUCGACGCUCGCGGGCAGCUUGGUCACCAGCACGAGCGGCGCGGGGACGUCGAGCCGGAGGUGCCGGAGGCUCUGGCACGCGUCCGCCACCGCCGCGUCGAACGCGCACGGGCGCGCGGCGUCGUGCGGGAGCCCGUACGCGCUGCAGCGGCACGCGAGCGACAGCCCGAGGCGGAGUGCGGUGAGCGCGGGGCGCGGCCGGCCGCCGCCGGCGAGGGUGAGGCUGUCGACGAGCGCGCGGAGUUCGAGCGCGGCGGCGGAGUCGAGGUGGAGGCGCGCGAGCGCGGGGAGCGCGGUGGCGAGCGGCUGGAGGGGGACGGGGCCUGGGGAGAGGGAUCCCCCAAGGAGGACGGUGGCGGCGUGGCAGGUCGCGAGCGAGCGGCGGAAGCGGGCGUGGAGGAAUUCCCAGAGAGCGUUUCACGUUCCGUCGGUGUUGAUGGUGAGGCGGAAGCGCAGGACCACGGGCAGGAUACGGGUUUGUUGGAGGGUACUGAAUUACUACCUGCGCAGCGACCCCGGCGAGGAGCGGCGUAAUGGAUGGUAUAUCGCGACACGCUCCCAGUGA